GGGUUACCCAAACCCGAUCCGUUUUAUUCAGAGAAGCGGCAGAACUAUCGAACCAAAUCAAACCACAGCGAAGCGGAUCCGAUUUGCGGGCGUCUCCUCCAAAGUCCAAACCUUCUCCAAAGCCUGAAAUCCAAACCCUAACCCUUUUUCGAUCUUUCGGAUCCUCCGGUCGGACUCUGUCCGCAACUUCGAUUCCGUCGUCCCGGCGGAAUUCCCGUUCCAGAUACCAUAUUCUUGACGUCGUGUACAUGUCAUGGAAAUAUUAAAUGAGAUCCCUGCCAAGAAAACAAAGAGGUUGACAUCUGUUGUAUGGAAUCACUUUGAAAGAGUGCGAAAGGCUGAUGUACAAUAUGCUGUCUGUGUCCAUUGCAAGAAGAAAUUAAGUGGGUCCAGUAAUAGCGGCACAACACAUUUAAGAAAUCAUUUGUUGCGGUGUUUGAAGAGAUCGAACUAUGAUGUUUCACAAAUACUUUCUGCAAAGAGGAAGAGAAAAGAAACCAGUCAAAGUCCACUUCGUCAAAGCAACCUUCCUCUUACAGUCCUCAACUAUGAAGAUGGAAAAAUGAAGGAUGACCUCCUCAGUCCUGUACCUCUGAAAUUUGAUCAGGAGCAGAAGAAAGAAGAGACAAAUCAGAAUAUCAAUUUGGGAAGCAUUAAAUUUGAUCAAGAGCGAAGUCGGUUGGAUCUGGCUCGAAUGAUUAUGUCACAUGGUUAUCCAUUGGCCAUGGUGGAUCAUGUUGGCUUCAAAAUAUUUGUCAAGAAUCUGCAGCCGUUGUUUGAGAUUAAUAGUAAUGAUGUCGUUGAAUCAGAUUGCAUGGCCAUCUACGCAAAAGAGAAAGAGAAAAUAUACGAUGCCAUUUUCAAUCUCCAUGGUAGAAUCAACAUUUCUGUUGACAACUGGACUUCACCUGAUAAUUCUGAAUAUGUUUGCUUGACUGCUAACUACGUCGAUGAGGACUGGAAGCUUCAGAAGAAGAUGCUUAAUUUCUUAUCAUUGGAUCCUACACACACUGACAACGUACUUGCAGAGGUUAUUAUUAAGAGGUUGACUGACUGGACCAUUGACCGCAAGUUGUUUUCAAUGACAUUUGAUGAUUGUUCUGGUUAUGAAGUUAUGGUUUUCAGGAUUAAGGAGUGGCUAUCCCAAAAUAGAUUCCUUUUAAAGAAUGCUGAAUUAUUUGAUGUGAGAUGUGUUACACAUCUGGUGAAGUCCAUUGUUCAGGAAGUGAUGGAAGCAUCUCGGGAUGUGAUACAUAAAGUUAGGGAGAUCAUAAGGCAUGUGAAAAAUUCACAAGCAUUGCUAGGAAAAUUUAAUGAAAUUGCACGACAAGUUGGAAUUACUAGCAACCGGUGUCUACUUCUUGACUGUCCACUGCGAUGGAACUCCACAUACAUGAUGCUUGAAACAGCAAUUGAGUACAAGGAUGCCCUCUGUCUUCUGCAAGAGCAUGAUGCACCCAACUCAAAUGGUUUAUCUGAGACGGAGUGGGAAUGGGCUUCUUCUGUUGCUGGCUACAUGAAAUAUUUUCUUGAAUUUACGAACAUCAUUACAGGGAAGAAAUGCCCGACUUCUAACAUAUAUUUUCCAGAAAUAUGUGAUAUGCACCUUCAAUUGAUUGAGUGGUGUAAAAGCUCUGAUGAUUUUCUUAGUUCUUUGGCUUUGAAGAUGAAGCUUAAGUUCGACAUAUAUUGGAGCAAGUGCAGCUUAGUUUUGGCUAUGGCAGCAAUUCUGGAUCCUCGUUUCAAAUUGAAGCUGGUGGAGUACUAUUUUCAGCAGAUUUAUGGCAGUGACGCUCCUGAUCGUAUCAAGGAAGUUUCUGAUGGUCUCAGGGAAAUUUUUGAUGAGUACUCAAUGGGUUCAUCUAGGCUUGAGGAUUCAUCUCUUCCUGGCACCAGCACACCAAGCACCAGCAAUAGUUCUAGAGAUAAACUUAAAGGCUUUGACAAGUUUUUAUAUGAGACUACACAAAGCCAGAGUUUAUCAUCCGAUCUUGAAAAGUAUUUGGAGGAGCCUGUCUUCCCGAGAAAUUAUGAUUUCAGCAUAUUGAAUUGGUGGAAAGUCCACAUGCCCAGGUAUCCAAUCUUGUCUAUCAUGGCUCGUGAUGUUCUUGCGAUCCCUGUAUCAACUCUUUGGCCCGAAGUGGCAUUCAGCAAUGGCGGCAGGGUGCUUGAUCCGUACCACAGUUCAUUAAAUCCAGAGACUAGAGAAACUUUGGUCUGUGGACAAGAUUGGUUGAGGAUCGAACCUGAAGCAACCAGCCUGAUUUCUAGCAGUUUCCCCACACCAAUUUCAGCUGAAGCAAGUUGACGAUACCAUAAGGCUGUGCAGACUCUACUAGUUUUUCUCAGCGCCCUUUCCUUUCCCUUGUGUGCUCAACUACAUCAAACAUGAUAUGUGGAGGAUUUGCAUUUUGCUCUCCGUAUAUUUUGAUGAUCCCGGGAUUUAGUAGAUUUUUUUUUUCAUCUGUAGUUUGUGUUCGUAGUUAACUGGGUGUUUGUUGCUGAUAUUGAUCUUCUUAAGACUGGGGAAGUGAGUCAAGUUUACCUUUGAAUACUGAGCUGCUCUUUUCAGGAUAUAUGCUUAUUUGCAAUGUCGUGAUUGUAAUAUGUACAUGGGGCUGGCUAGUUUUGCAUAAUCUUGUCUGAGAUUGGUGUGUUUUGGUGGCCAUAGAUAUGAAAGAAUACCCAUUGAAUCAUGAUGAAUAUAUCAAGAAAAUAUUUGUUCAGAUAUCUCAUUGAAUA